AUGACAGUGACCGAAGCCCCGCACUCGUACUUUCCCAUUAAGGGUAUUGCCAUCAAGGAUGCCAAGGGAGACUCAGUUGUUGCAUCGGGUGUUGAUGUUGAGGUUCCUCUCCGCCAGAACAUCGACACAUGGAGCAACGACCACGCCAACGACAAGCAGGUCAAGCUCUUCGUCAAGGCCUUGUCUGAAUUCCAAAAGAUUGACCCCUCAGAGCGAGACUCGUACUUCCAGAUUGCCGGUAUCCACGGUCAACCCAAUGUACCUUGGGAUGAGCCUAGUACCACCCAAGAGGAUGCGAACUCGAAGGGUUAUUGCACUCACAACAACGUCUUGUUCCCGAUCUGGCAUCGUGCAUACCUUGCGCUCUACGAGCAACGUAUCUCGGAGAUCAUGGCGGGUAUUGUGAAGGAGUUCACGGUUGAGAAUAAAGAGGAGUGGGAAGAUGCCGCGCGCGCCUGGCGUCUUCCUUUCUGGGACUGGGGUCUCACCACAUCGGUUCCUAACUUGUCCAAGUGGCCUACCGCUAUCGUGCCAACCAAGGAUGGUUCUGGUGAAGAGGCUAUCCAGAACCCGCUCUACCAAUUCCGUAUGCCGAACAACAAGCCUAUGUCCUCUCAGAUGUUGAAAAACUUCACGGAUCCGUGGGUCGAUCAGAAGGACACAUACAUGAUCUACGAAUGUAUUGGUACCAGCCGUUGGCCCCAAGAGGGUGACAAUGUCUCCGGAAGCGAGGCAUGGAAGAACGGUGUGGUGAACAACUACAAAGUUCAGGAUGCCCUGAAGAAGCCACAGUGGGUGGCCAAUUCUCCCUAUGGUCAGCCUUCAGAGAUGGUGUGGCGUUUGCUCACCGUCCCUAUGGAAUACUCCACAUUUGCAACCACCGCCCAACUCGACCCGGAUCAGAAUGUCGCAAACGAUAUCAACAUUGAGUAUAUCCACAACAACAUCCACGGUUGGGUAGGAGGAGACCUCAACGGACACAUGUCGCAAAUCCCUGUGGCGUCGUUCGAUCCUCUCUUCUGGCUCCACCACUGUAACAUUGAUCGUAUCUUUGCCCUGUGGCAAGGUCUCAACCCUGACAAGUGGAUCAAGACAGACAAGGUCAAUGCCUUCUUCCAGGAGAUUAUUGGCCUUGCCCCUGGCAAGGAAAUCGGCCCCGAGACUCCGCUACGACCAUUCCACAAGGACACUACUGGAACUUAUAUGGUACCCGCUGACGUUCGCUAUCCUUGGACUCUUGGUCACACCUACCCGGAGUUGCAGGCCUGGAAGUUUGAGGGUAAGAGCUACAAUUCGGAGCCCUUCAAGAAGAGUCUCCGCAAAACCAUCAACGACCUCUACGGAGUGUCGAGACAAUCGUUGAUCGACGCCACUGGCAACAUCAAGGGAGUUGAGUAUCUCGAGGACAGCACCAAGUCUGUUGACUUCUCAUUCAGUAUCCGCUAUCGCAAAUAUGCUUAUGGCGGUGAGCCAUUCUGGAUUCGCAUUUACUUCCGCCAGGACGCUGAGAAGAUGAACGCCACCACCGACUUGAUCACUGAAGUCUACAACUUCAGUCAAAGCCCCGAAGACAAGGAGGGCAAGCUUGCCUGCAGCAACUGCAAGGACCAGAAAAAGUUGAACAUCAGGUCUACCGCGAGCAUCUCCCUCACCCCGAUCCUGAUCAGUCUUCUCAAGUCUGGUAAAGACUUGCCUAGUCUGAGCAAGGCAGAUGUUCUCAAAUAUAUCCAGAGCCGUGCUUACUGGAGAGUUUUCAAGCACAACGUUGAAGUCCCCCGAACUCUCCUUGACCCUCUGGACCUUGAGAUUAUCGGAAACACCAAUGACUCGACCCAGUACAACGACCCCACCAAGGCUCCUCUCCUUGAAAACUUCAAGGCAGAGCCCACCAUCACUGGUGGAGCUGACGGUGCCCUGGACCCAAGCCUUAAGCAGCCCGUUGUCCCACUUCCCCCAGUGCUUCCAUCUAUCCCCAAGGCCAACCUCAAGGUCAACUCUCACCUGGCAUUCCAGAAACCUCUUGCCGCUGAUGCUGUGGUGAUCCUCGAUUCCGCCAGCCUGAACAUGACCCCGGCCAAGACCACCGGCAAUGGUAUUGAUAACACCCAGGUGUUCUUCACGGAGUCCAAGGAAGGAAAGGGCGACAUCUUGUUCCUGCUCUCCUUCCGCAGAGCCGAGAACCAGAUUGUACUCAACACCCUCAUCAACAACGCAUGGGGCAAGGAGGUCCGCGUUCCGCUGGAGAACCGGUUCAAGGGUACCACUCCAUCUAUCCUUAUUCACGACCAAGGCGAUGGUUACGAGGUGUUCGUCGACUGGAGGCAUCUUGUGUGGUUCGAGAAGCGCGCCAAGGACAAGACAGCUACCUCCGUGUCUUACAGCGUCAACGAGUCCCAGAGCCCUGUGCUCGGAACUGCACUCAAAGUGAAGGUUUACGGCUCGAUGAAGGAGGUGUUCCACCACUAG